UAACCUUAAUUUUAUCAAAUGCACGAUGCAAUGAUAGAGAGAACAGCCUUUCUUUUGAAUUGAAUCGUUAUUUCAAUUCUAAUGAUCGUUCUUCCUACGAAAAAUCGUACAUUACCAAGCAUUUUAAUGUUUCAACUAACAAAGAAUCCACAAAAGGGACAAAAUUUGCAGUGUUUUUCUCAUGGAAAAAAUGAAUCGAACAUUUUACCUAGGCAUUUAUCCUAUGAACAGUUACAUUUCUCCUAUGCAUUUUCAUUAUUCCGCUGCGAAAGUAUGUACACAAGUAACAAUGAGGUGAAGAAUUUCUCUCUAUAUGAAAAAUGAAUAGAGCAUUUUUCUGCAGCAUUUUUCUCGUUAAGAGGCACAUUUUUCGUGUUGGCUUUGCUUUGUCAGGACUGAAAGUAUGUUUAUAGCUAUAUGUAUAUCGCAUCCUUCAUUGUGAAAGUAUCAGCCAUUGCGAUGCGCGUCAUUUGGGAAGGCUUAUCUCUUGAUAGGGAGCAUUUUUGACCUGAACGUAUCAAUUCCGCUUAAAAUUUUCAUUUAUCUCACCGAUCGAAAAGUUGUCCAACCCUCAUAAUUAAAUGUUUACUCUGUGAAAAAGGUAAUAUUGUUACAAGUUCAGCAGUUUUGUCUGAACGUGAUGCAAAUGAAAAUGAAAAACUAUACAAUUUAUUUGAUAUUUUUGAUUCACAUAAUACAUCUAAAGAUGUUAAUCAACGCCGGAUUGAAUAUGAAAAACAAACUGUUUACAGAGAUGUUUCAAGUUUUCAACAUGAUUAUUUUUUAAAGCGUUCUUAUGGAAAAAGAAUUUUAGGCGAUCGAUAUGAAAAUGGACGAAAAAAUAUUGUUAUUGAUGAAGUUUAUUCAAUGCUGUUCGAUAAAGGAAAUUGUGUUUUAUAUUUGCCACCUUAG